AAAUACAUUUCCUCAACGUGCAUGUUAUUAAAGACCUCUGACACGUGGUACGUAAAGGGAAACUUCAGGAAAUAAUAUAUAAGUGAAAGUCCGAGAAACCUGUCCAUAGUUUCGCAUUUAGUUAAAACGGACAAUUAUACAAGAAAAUGUACACAUACAUUUUUAUAUUUUACCUUUUACAUUUAGUUUCAUCUGGUGUACCGAAGAGUAAAGUUUCAUCGGAUGCACUGAAUAGAAAGGUUUCAGGCUUGAAAAUAUCAGGUGAGAUAGGAGUUAUCAAGGGCCUCCCAGAUCGCAUCCCACCUACUGUGAUAGUGGCAGAGCUCUCAAAUAUGAUGUGUAAAGCUUGUUCCGUAAUUAAAGACAAGACAAAACAACUGGAAUGUAAAAAGAAACAUUGCCUGCAACAAACUUCGACAUUUAAACUGUCAUAUGCUGACAAAGCCUUAUUAGAUCGACAGAUAAACAAAUACAUAAUUGAUAAUAAAGGGGAUCCCAAACAAGAAACAACGAUCCUGCCUAUACUAUCAGACGCUUUGUGUAAAACAUGUGACACGAUGAAGGAUGCUAACAAACGAAAAGAAUGUAUACAGAAGUUUUGUGUUAGGACAGCGGCACAGAUUGGACUCUCUCCAAGUCUUACAAAGCAAGGUGCAAGCAUUUUCCCAAAAUACUUUCCAGGAGAAGCUGUUGUGGCAGAACUGACAAAUAUUUUGUGUCAGGCAUGUUCAAAAUUUACGGACAAUAAAAAGAAACUUGAAUGUCAGACGAAAUUCUGCUUGCAAAAGUCUAUACCGACUGGAAUGACAAAGGCUGACAAAGCGAAAAUUGAUGCAAAUGUGAAGAAAUACCUCAUUGCCAGAAAAAUUGAUAUAAAUAAUCCAGAAAGAGUCAUUCCAAUACUAGCUGAUGCCUUGUGUAAAGUAUGCUCAGAAUUACCGGAUCCGAAAAAACGAAAAGAAUGUGUUACCAAAAACUGUUUGAGAUCCUCAAAACUAAAUGUUCAGAACCAAACAUUUCAAAAACCUGCUUCUCAUACAGAUAGUUUGAAGUCGACACACAACUGAGAUAUCAUUUAAAUCAUAGAUAGCACCGAAUUAACAUUAACCGCAUAAGGAUUAGUAUGACGCCAUAAAACAAAGUGAAACUAUGUUAUCGUGUUAAAAGAAUUAAAAUUUCAGUUCAUC